UACAAAAUCGAAUGAAAAGUUCAAAAGGAUCUUAGACAAAAGACCAAAAGAAUAUCAGUUUUCUUUAGAAAUCUGAAAGGUUUGUGGCAUUUACGCGGAGAUUUCUUCAUGCAAUAUCAAGGUUGGAUCCUCAAUUCCAUAAAUUUGCCAAUGACGUUGUUGUUCGAUAUUUGAUUAACGAUUCAAAUACACGCGCUGUCAAACGAUACUGAGAAGUUUCUCAUAUUAUAAACAAACAUAAAUCGAUUAUUAAACUGGCUUGCAAAUUUACCGUUUUACGAAAAGAAAAGGAAAUUCUUGUGGUAUAAUCCUGUUAUAAUACCAAGACACUUGAAGGAAACUCGACAUGGUUCAUCGUAUUAGACUUCCUGGUGAAUAGCCACGACUAUCGCAAUGAAAAGCGACUUUAUUCUCAUCUAAGGAUGAGUCAUUUCAGUAAACACUCAUUUAAUAAAAAGUAUGAGCAAUAAAUAAGUAAUAAUUAGCAUUAUUUUAGUAGCCUAAAUUGUUGUAUUUUCUUGGGUAAUACAGACUCUGGUAUUAAUCAUGUUUUAUUCAAGUGAUCCAGCGCACAAUGACACUAACCAGGCCUCCUCAAAUCAGGACAAAUAUUCCUCGAUAAGAGUGUUAGAUCAGACCAACAGAAACAUUCUUCCAACAGAAACAAGCAUCUUGGGCAGAUUUUCGUGUGAGUUUUCAAAUGAGCGACAAAAGAAUAUGGCCAAAACUGCAAAACAGCGUCCGUAUACAACACUUGAAUUGGGUAGGGGAUCUCAUUCGAUAUCAAAUGAUCAACGGAGAUCAAAAUCGCUCAGCACAAACAGAAGAAAGAAGGAUAAAGAUGCAGAAAGUGGAGACAAGACUACAGAUUCAUUUGCUGAUAUUCUACAAACUGCUAGACAUUCCUUUUAUUUAAGCUUUGAAUCAUCAAAAGAUAUUGACUUAAAGGCUGGUUUAACUUCAGUUAUUUCAGAGGAUGCGAAUAAAACAUCAGACAAGUUAAUUACUGAGCCAUCUGACACAGAAAAUACCUGCUCUGUUGUUGAAGGUGAUGCCAAUCUUCUUCCGAGCGGUGUUGAGACACCAGUCUUAAAUAAUAACUGGUCAGCAGUGAAAGAGGACAUGUCACCUGGAUCAGGCGAAUCGCUAGUUUCGUCACCGCGUUAUCACACCUUAACUGAAGAUGAGUUGGAGGAGGAGCUAAUUGAAGAACAGGAAGUGAGAUCACGAAAUGACUCUGUUGUUUUGAGACAUGAGAUAAUAAGAUCGUACUCCAUCACUGAAAACCUUGCAAGUGAAGCUCAUCAAAAUGAUGUGAAUAAUAAACUUAAUGAAGCAGAUGUUAGAAAAGGUUAUGUUGCACUUAGUUAUGAUGCCAAAGGAGCUUUAUGGGAAGAUGAUUCUGAAGAACCUGCCUCACCUUCAGGACAAGGCAAACCGGAGAAUGAAAUCAACAUUUCACAUACUUAUCAAGUAACUGUUGAUAAAAAAGCUCAGAGCUAUGAGCUCAAGUAAUUCAACUGAAGAACAUGGGGAGAGUAGUUUAUCAGAGCGUCUAGAAAAUACACCAAGGAACUGUGUAAACAGGGAACAAGAUAAUCAUAUCUCGUCAAGCCGUCAUGAUAGCGCGCCAAAACGUUUGACAGUCGAUAUUGGUGAGUUACGUCGACUUUCUGAUGGUCAGUCUAAAGAAAACCGCGCGAAGCAUAUCAGUGUUUCGGGCGGGACAGUUCGAGAAAUUAAAUUCCUUCGUUCACCCACGUCGCGGGUUUCCACUCUGUUCUCGACCAAAAUACCCGAGAUUCGCGGCUCGGAGAAACAGAAAAGCAGUAAAACCAAAGCAACCAUUGAACCAGGGUUCGUCUUCUUUGGCGAUGGUCUUUUUGACUUCACAGAGGAACGCAAUGAGGAAGCUGUGGCGUUUAGCACAGAAAUUGGCAACCUUCGCGCAAAAUUAUGCGGCAAAGUUGAGCUAAACCUGGGAUAUUUAUUGAGUCCAACUGUCACACAAGAUUCGAAUAGUUUGCCUGAGACUUUGGAGGAAGUCAGGUUGUCUUUGGAAAUUUUUAUUGAAGAUCAAGAAUCACCUGUGCUUAUGAACUGCAGUUCAAAAACUUGCGUGAGUGAAGUUUUAGCGAAGGUUUUGGAAAGAGUUUGGAAGCAAACCGUGAACCCAGACAGCAUUAUUAACAGUGCUUACACAUUGAAAGUUUGUGGCUACCAGGAAUACUUGAGUAGUCUUAAGUUGUUAUGUGAGUAUGAAUACGUUCAUCGUUGUGUUAUGGCGAGGCAAACGGUUCGACUUGUUUUGCUUGAUAGUGAUCAAGUACCACGAUCUUUAGCCCGCAGUGAAUUAGACGACGUCGCAGAUUGCGAGCCGAGAAUUUACAGCCAGUUUUUUGAACGGUCUCUUGACACGUCCGUAUCGCGAGACGGACUCAGCGUGCUUCGUGAGGCUUUUGAAGAGGAAUUGAAACGUGUCCUCAAAGAUGCAGACAGCUUAAGACCCUGUUUUCAACCUGGACGUUUGGUUCAAAGCGUCAGAGCUGUUUGCACAACGCUGGGUCAAAUUGAGACGAAAGGCAUCGUGAAUUCUGUGCAUUCUCUCAAGGAGAUGAAGAGAAAGUACGACGAAGCUUGCCAAGCCGCUUCACCUUCACCAAAGAACGUUCCCGUGGAUAUGCCUGAAUUACGGUCAUUACUUCAGGAACUAUACAGACAUGUUUAUCUUCUUAUCGAGUUGUAUUGCAAUACAUUCAACACAGAUUUUGGUAGAAUUUGUAUCAGUGAAAAGGUGAUUCACGGGUCUAUUGAAGUGACUGCAAUGACGGACAAAUUCAGCAUCUUUAUUCCGACUGCAUAUCGCAUUCCCCCCGAUUGGAAAGAGAAAUUUGAAUCGUAUGUUGUCGAAGGGAAGAUUUACUAUGGGACGAAUCUGCUCAGCGUGCCUGAAUAUACGAUUUCUGGUGGAAUCCGAACGAAUUUCUUCGCUCAAAUAUCCUGGCAGUGUUUUAUGGAGUUUGGGAUUGAACUUCGCAAGCUUCCACGAGAGUCUAAACUCUGCCUCACAUUAUAUGGGGUAGCCCCUUUACCCAAGAAUGCAACCUUGGCACCAACCCGCACUCCGCUAGGCUGGACCGCAGUUCAGUUGUUUGACUUCAACGGUGUUUUGGUGUCAGGUUCUCAGCUCUUUGGCUUAUGGCCAAAUCAAGCAGCAAACCCAAUAGGAACAUCCACCUCGAACCUUAUCGACAAGCGAAGUGCAAUUCUUCAAGUGGACUUCACCCAGCACAUGUCAGACAUCGUCUUCCCGUCGUUAAAGAUACCAGAACGUGAAGCUGAUGCAUCGGAAACUCCGCCUGAAGACUUGUUUAAAAAGUUUCUUUCAAGAGACAUGUUCGAAGAUCUUCGUCCUGAAGACAUUCAAAAGAUCUGGAAAAACCGUUUAUACGCGUCCAUGAUCCCCAGUAUGUUGCCCUUGCUGUUGUCAAGUGUACCAGACUGGACGUACCAGAACCUUCCCGAGAUCUACCAACUGCUGGCAAACUGGAAACCAAUGUCUCCUGUCAAUGCGAUGGAAUUACUUAAGGUUCAGUUUCCGGACCAGAUGGUUAGGGCAACGGCUGUGAGUUGGAUGGAAUGUUUCUCUGAUGAUGAAUUGUGCGAUUAUUUGCCACAACUUGUCCAAGCUCUGAAGUACGAGAGUUAUCAUAACUCGCCACUUGCAAGGUUCCUAAUCGAAAGAGCUCUGCACAGUUCUCGUCUCAUGCACUACUUGUUCUGGUAUCUUAAAGACAACAUCGGAGAUCCUAAAUUUGGCCAGCGGUAUCAGGUAAUACUUGGUGGACUGCUCAGUGUAUGUGGUAGCUUGCAGCGCGACCAGUUCACGAAACAAGACGAACUCGUGGCGAGGAUCACCGAUGUUGCGGAAAAGGUAAAGAAGUCGAAAGAAAACCUGCGAGACGACGUCCUCCGUGGGGAACUGGGAAAGAUACCACAGGAAACCCUGGAGUGUCUCAGGCUUCCCCUCAACCCCGGAGUGGAAAUCACAGCAAUUCUGGCGGACCAGUGCUCGUAUUUCAACUCCAAUUCCUCCGUUCCCCCCCUUCGCUUGCUGUUCAAAAACUCCGACAGACAUGGCUUCGAGAUUGAUACAAUCUACAAGGUUGGAGAUGACCUGCGUCAGGAUGCACUGACCAUGCAGUUGAUUGGUAUCAUGAAUAAACUAUGGUUAAAAGAAGGACUGGAUCUCAAGAUGGUCACAUACAGGUGUCUACCUACCGGGGCUGAGAUGGGUAUGGUGGAGUUGGUGCAGGAGGCACAAACGUUACGUGAAAUUCAGACAGAAUAUGGUCUUGCAGGUUCGUUUAAAGAUGAACCACUUGCAAGAUGGCUGCUCAAACACAACCCAAUUGAGAAAGAAUAUGGUGAAGCUGUGAAUAAUUUUAUUUCAUCUUGUGCAGGCUACUGCGUUGCUACGUAUGUCAUAGGUAUUUGUGAUCGCCAUAAUGACAAUAUCAUGGUGAAAAAGACAGGUCAUUUGUUUCACAUCGACUUUUCCAAGUUCUUGGGACGCUCGCAAAUGUUCGGCAGCUUUCGUCGGGACCGUUCGCCGUUCGUGUUGACGUCGGAUAUGGCAUACGUCAUCAACGGCGGUUGUACUCCAACAAGUCGCUUCCAAGAUUUUGUAGAUCUGUGUUGUCGGGCGUUCAACAUAAUAAGACAUCAUACAAACCUGUUUUUGAAUCUUCUUUCCCUUAUGCUCAACUCUGGGAUCCCAUAUUUGAGUCAAACCAACGAUCUUAAGUACGUCUAUAACGUUUUACUCCCACAAGCGACGGAUCUCGAGGCCACAACAAUCUUCACCCGACAAAUUGAAUCCAGUCUAGCAUCAAGGUUUACUCAGGUGAACUUUUUCAUUCACAAUGUCGCUCAGAUCCGCCAUGCUUCUCAAAUGAAAGACGAUGAUUCUGCGAUGCCUGUCCUGUCUUUCUCUCUUCACACGUACAGUCCUGCAACGGACGACAAGAUCACCUCAGCCAGAGUAGUCGAUUAUCAGAAGCGAUACACACCAGAGAAAUAUUACGUCUAUCUUAUCAACGUGUGUCGAGAAAAUCAGGAGAGACCCACGUUUGUCUUUCGAAGAUACAGUCACUUUCACGAGUUCAACGCGAAACUAACAGAUCUUUUCCCGCAUCGGAACUUACCUAAAUUACCAGGGAAAAUCUACCUCGGCCGAUCCCAAAUCCGAAUGGUGGCAGAGAAACGUCGCCAGGAUUUCGACCGUUACCUUCAAGCGUUGCUUUCUCUUGAAGACGUAAAUUCCUCGAAGCUCGUCUACACGUUUCUUCAUUCUCUGCCAUCAGACGAUUUUGAUGUGAAGAAAUACGCUGUCCGGUUGUUACCAGAAGAACGCUAUCCUCGGGACAGACCGAUAGGAGGAGAGGUGAAGGUUUCGAUAUCCUUCUCGGCGUAUCAGCUCAACAUUAUGAUCAUGCAUGCAAAAAAUCUGCUGCCAAAAAGCGCUGGAGGUCUUUCAGAUCCUUACGUGAAAAUCUACCUCACGCCUGAUCCAAAUAAAUCGACAAAACGUAAGACAAAAAUCGCACGGAGAACUCUUAAUCCAACUUAUAAUGAGACAUUCGUCUGGGUAAUCUCGGAAGAGGAGCUUCGUCAACGAGAGAUUAGGAUUACAGUUUGGGAUUAUGAUGUUUUGACGGAGAAUGAACUUAUGGGAGGAGUUCUUAUUGAUCCAUCAGAUUAUGACUUUAAUAACCAGUUUGUCGGAUGGUUCACGUUGACAGAUCUUAAAGGAAGCUGAACUUUAAGAUUUCAGCUGUAAUGCGUCGUUUACCAAUGAAUCGAACUGAAUAGGAAUGUGAUAUUUAGAAAUUUUAUUGGGUAGUUAGAUAUUUUUCUUAGUACGACUAUUGAAUGCCAACACAUACUCUUAGGAUAUAUUUCAAAUCUUAGUUAUAUUUAAUCAAAUAGGUACACCUAAAAUAAAUUCUUUCAUGACAUUUUCGGGCAGUAAAUAUGAAUAAUGUAAUCUUAAUAUUUUUAAUACUUUUUUUAAUCAAGGGGUGGUGAAUCAUAUCAAUUUUAAGCAAUGUAAAUCAAUAUUGUAA